AUGGUCUCACUCUGGCCCUGGAAGGGCGAAGAUAACUCCCCCGCCUCCUUCGAAAAGACGCUCUCAACGCUCUCCACGAAAGCAACUGAGACAAACGCCCAGCUCGACAAGCUCCGUCAACAAGCGCGUCGCUUCAAAGCAUUAUGGACUCUGUACUCGGUAUUCAUUUACCUGCUCUAUUCGACCAUUGAUGUGUUGGUAUUGGGAUGGCAGAAUUGGGGAUAUUGGGAAUGGGGGGCUGUUUUGGGUGGUCCUUUUGUGAUUUAUACCGUCCGGACGGUGGGCAGCCGCAUGUUCGAUUAUCGCAUAUCGCGCUCGCAGAGCUACCUGGACAGUCUCAACAAACAACGAGACGAGACGAUUGAAAAGUUAAAGAUUGCUACAAAAUACAACUCGACGCAGCAGUUGCUUGAGAAGUACGGCGGAGAGUCUCCGAAACCGACAAAAGCGGCGAACAAGAAUACCGCCAAAAAGAAGGAUAAUAAUGAGCAGCAGCAGAAAACAUCGUCUGGCAAUGUCCCAGGGAGGACUGGACUCCAGCCUCCACCAACGGCAAAUAUCAGACGAUUUCCAUCUAAUAAUAACCCCCAGGGACAAUCACCUUACAAUCAACCUCGACAGUCUCCUCCCAAUGAAUACCUACAAGGAAAACCAUUACCACCCCCUCCUUCCGCAGUCCCGACUUACACCGACGAACCCGGAUUCGCACCAAACGCUUUCCCGCCUUCAUCGCAACCGCAAUACGCUUCUGGUGGUGCGCCGAAAUGGUACGACCGUUUGAUGGACGUGUUAUUAGGCGAAGAUGAGACCUCGCCUAAGAAUAGACUAGUUCUGAUAUGCCAAAAUUGUCGACUGGUGAACGGCCAAGCUCCGCCGGGAAUUAAGAGUUUGGGUGAAUUAGGCCGAUGGAGGUGUGGGAAUUGCGGUGCAUGGAAUGGUGAGGAAACCGAGGCUAGGAAAGUGAUUGCGUCUAUUCAGCGGGAGGCUACGGAAGAAAGAGAGGCUGCCCAAAACGCGGAGAAUGAGAAGUCUGAGUCGGAAGAUAUUAAUAAUAGUGAAUUGGCUGGGAGAGGAGAUGACGAGGUGGAUGAAGAGGAUGAACGGUCCGAGCAAGAAGAAGAGCACAUUCAGUCAGUCCCUGAGACGCCAGGCACGACACAAUCGGAGGUGCAGUCGCCAAACGGAUUGAACGAUCUAGGCUCCUCCGGUCAGCUCCCUAGCCAAAAUCCCAUGGGAUGCCGGCGUCGCUUAGUGACUUACUACUGGCAAAGGAGGUUAGGUAAUACAGGGUCAAUGGCAACCACCCGACGAAACGGACAACUUUCUUCGUGCGAGCCUUGCAGGAAAUCCAAGCUGCGCUGCGAUCACAAAACUCCCACUUGUGAUCGAUGUCUCCACCGAGGUCAGGCCAAUGAUUGCUUCUAUCAUCCUGCUCCUUUGACGAGGACUCUUCCACCACAAGCAUUUGCACCGAAAGGAUCAUCAAGACGAAGAAGAAAGCAGCAGCCCGGGAACCAAGUGAUCUUCCGUCUCAAUAAAACACCAUCUACAGUUACUCAAACUUCCCCACUAGCCACCUCGUUAAACACCGGCAUAAACACCUAUGGCCAGUCUGUCGGACAGUGGACCUCGAUGCAAAAACGGCCAAUGGCACCUGGAUACUUGGGCCUCACAUUCUCAGAAGACAUCUUCAACGAGUCUCAUGGUACAAUAAGUUUAAAAAAUCGAGAUCAGAACCAGUUUGAAGAUGCGCAAAAUCCGCCAGCAGACCUGGACAAGGCUCAACUUGGAGCUCAAGUUCUUCUGCACUUGGAAAAGAUCUGCUGGUUCCAUGAAAUAAUCAAAUUCAAGAAUAAGGUCUCCCCCGGCUGGUUCCUGGGACCUCCAUUAACGGACAGUUUAUGCAUAGUUAUGGAGAAAGUAUAUGGUUCUGCAAUUCAAGGGUCUAGUGAUACCCAAGCCUCUCUACUUCGCUUAUCCUAUGAGAUAUUUACCAACACUAUGGAAAGGAUUGCAGUAACUCAGACGAUGACCAUAGUGGAAUAUAUGUCUUUGAUUGCUGCGAGAUGGGAGACGAUUGGGCUGUUAUUUGCAGUCUUGGGGUCGGUUACCUUUCAUAUACCGGCUGACGAUCCUGUCUUUACGAACAACCCUUGGAAUAUCGACCGAAAGCAGCUAAGGAGCAUUUCUAUUGCCAAUAGUGAGAUUUGUAGUCAGUUCUGCAAUAGUUCCGGGCUCAUCAGCGAUCCCUUAUGUUGGCUUAUGACCCAGCAGACGGUGCUUUUGACUCUUGUGGCUGGAAAGAAUGAUUUCAGAACAUGGCAGAAGCUGGGUGACCUAUCAACCGUCACAUAUGCCAUCGGUUUACAUCGACCUGAUUCGGCUCUAGAAGAGAAUUGUCCGUUCUUCCUUACUGAGAUACGUAAACGAGUGCUGGCAUGUGCAUAUUCUCUUGACAAGGAACUGGCUACCGCAUUAGGACUUCCGCCUCGCAUCUGCUCUCGAUAUGUCUGUAUCGAGCUUCCUCUGGAUCUUAGCUAUGAUGAAAUCAUCUCUACACCAAGUGCGGUCGAGAUUGCGCUGCAGAACCUUGAUCCUAAUGGAUGGAACACCAAAGGAGACUUCACUCUCGAAGUCAGGCUCCGGAUUGCUUUGUUGACAGGUUUUAUGAGGGAGAAUAUUUUAGAGCUGUCUAUGAGCUAUCAGACAGGUGAUCUUUUGGAUCGAGUUGAGAAAAUGAUGGAGGAUUCUCGUCAGAUGCAACAAGACCUUCCCCAAUCUCUGCGUUGGACACCUAAUGAAGCUGUGUCAAAUUUCAUUGAUGAGAGUCGUUCCAUGACGCAUUUAGAAUUCACGUACCAGGAGCUCCUCCUGUACCGGAUUGUUUUGAAGCGCCUAGGGAUCAAAUCACAGAGCUUGAUUCAUACCUCUUGCGAGAUAAUUUCUACGCUGCUUAAUCUAAUUACAUUACGAACUAAAUCCGCGAAAGCUAUUCAUGAUAUGUCAUGGGAUUUAUGCUACAUGGGCCUACCAGCUGCAGGAAUUCUAGCUACCGAGCUCCUCGGCAUACAGCCUACCUCAAUACCACCACCCAUUCAUACACGAUCUGAGAUGAUACAAAAGCUCAGCAUUUUUCGCCUCGCAUCUCAAAUCUUUUGUUGA